AACUAUCCUUUCAAUGUAUACAAAGUUGAAGCUUGCCCAUUGAACAAAACUCUGUGGGAUAUAGCCUCAAAGAGUCUUAAAUGCAGAACAGACAGCACCAACAAAUAUAGAUACCAUUGUCUACCUAACAGUAACCAUACAAAACUUGUGGAGUUUUGUUUUAAUGCCACUCGAUAUGGUACCCCUCAAAUAAAUGAUGCAUUUGAUUGCUAUGUGCUGUCAGGAACGGGGGAUCUGAAUCGAUAUGCUUGCACAAAUUCCUCCAAUAGUUGUCCAAAAGGUUUCUACUAUAGUGAUGAAAUUUACAAGUAUCCUGAUUGUUUUCUGAUAAAUGAUUCUUCUUUGGGUGGCUCCACCAGUACAGAUAGCUCUAAUAUUAGUCAGACAACCGUUAAAAUUGCUGCUACCUGUAUAACAGCUGCGAUAUUUGUCAUAGUCCUCCUAACAGUGUUAUUUUUCUGGAGGAGGAAUCGAAAAAGGGGAAAACAUGUUCAAGAUAAAGAAAGCAUUUUCUACAAAGUUAAUUGUUGGAGGCAUGGAAAACAAGCAAAAAAGGAAAUUGGUGAAGUGGAGGAUACACAGAUGAAGUUAAUAGCAGGUCAAGAGGAAACCCUGGUAAAAAGAACUGAAUCAUCGCCUUCCCUUGCAUCAAAAACAUCAUCAACAUUAAAGAAAAAAGAAGAUAUGAUGAAAUAUACGGAUGAUGUGGGAACAGAGAAGACUAGUCCAGAUGAUACAGUUGCUAUAAAUAAAACUGGGGGUACUUCAUCAGAGGAAACAAAUAGAAAAACAUUGGCUGUUGUUGAUGUUCAGUCUGACAAUGAAAGACAACAGAGACAAAAGAGUGGUGAUUCAACAUCAUCAUAUUCAGCUUUUCAGUGGCCAGUAUCGCGUGGAGCAACGUCAGCCAAGAUAAUUCAACCUUCGGAGAGGCACAUCAAAGUAAAUUUUAAAGAUACGAUUAUUCUUCUGGGAGAAAUAAGAAGUAUUGUUGAGGUUCAAGGUGUUUUCUGGCAGAAAAGAAAGGAAGAGAAAUGGGAAAACCUUAAUAUUUUAGAUGAAAAAUACAAAGGAAGCCGGGGUGAUUUAUAUGUUCCCUGUUUGAUCAUUAACAAUUGUGGAAGUGAAGAUUCGGGCGUUUAUCGCCUUUUUGUGAAGAGCAGUGAAAAAUGUGUACCAAGCAGGGAACGAAACGUUUGUGUUUUUAAAGGCAAAGAAUCUGCACCGCUGGAUGACAAGCUCAAAGUCCAAAAAGAAAUUGCCCAGUUUCUUGUACUUUUGACAGUGCGUACCUUCGUGUCAUGCAGAAUUAAAGGGAGAUUUGUUGACUUUUUGAAGAGCGUAAAAUCGUCAGUUGAAGAUAAACUAGAUGACGAGGAAAAAGAGGAGAUAGAGAAAGUUUUAAAUGGAACAUGGAGAAUUGAAGAUCUUUCGUUUGGAAUUCUGUACAAACUUCUACAGUUUGUCCUCCAGAUAGAUCCUCCUGCUAGGGGAUGGAAUGUAAAUCCUGAAAACGAUAAAAAAUCUCAACCAGAUGAUCUUGAGAGAUGCCAUCAAUAUUUAGAACAAAUUAAGAGUCCUACCAUUUCCCAUGAAAAAUUGUGCAUUAUGUGGAAUACGUUGACCGAGGCCUUACAUCGAAUUAUAAAAGAAUGUGAUGAAAUACAUCUCAUAGUGGCUGCCUUUAGAAAGAUGGUAUACUGGACAACAGUUGGAUGUACAAUUACAGCAUUGAUGCCGGAAAAUAUACUAGUUCAAAAUCGAGCACAAAUAGAGGGAUGGAUAGAAGAUGACCUUUUAUUUGAAGAAACAAGAGCAUCGCAAAAAGCAAGAGAAACUGUAAGAUCAAAGCCAAUAACAAUAUUGAUAGGUGGACGAGGUUCUGGUAAGACGUUUUUAGCAAGACACAUCGCACUUGAGCAUCAAUUAAAAGGAUGGGAAAUUGUUUCGAUAUCAUCCCCUGAGGAAAUUAGAAGAUAUGGGGAUAUGGACAAAAAGCAGAUGUUCAUACAAGAUGAUGCUUUUGGUGUAUAUGGUAUUGAUCAGGCCGCAAUCAACAAGUUUGACACAUGGAAAGAAGCUGUGUUAAAUGUCUUGCACAAAUGUUCGAAAUACAUUAUCACUUGUCGGAAGACAAUUUUUCUUGCAUCUGAAAUAAAAUCAAUUUUGUUUGAAUACAAGUUCGACUUGGAGUCCGAUGAGCAUUGUUUAACAAAUGAUGAAAAAGAACGUCUCCUUUAUCGCCACUGUGAAGAAAAGAUGGUCGCUGCAUCUGUGUAUAAAAAUGUUCAACUUCCAUCACUUCCCUUCGUGCAUAUGUUUCCAUUGCUUUGUCACUUGUUUGCGUCCAAUCCACAAGAUGUUGUCUCGUUUUUCAAUAACCCUUUUGCACAUUUGCUAGAAGAGUUUGGGAUGAUGUAUGAGCGUGAUUGCAAGAAAGUGGAUUAUACGUCAUUGGUGUUAUGUGCUGUAAAUAAUGGAAGUAUUUCUAUGGAAAAUUUUCCCAAUAAUGACAUUCGAACAGACAUUUUAGACAGCUGUGGUUGUAAUUUGGGUACUCCCAAGAGAGAAAUAAUUGAUUCACUGGAACGAAUGCUUGGGACUUACACAAAAAGAGUAGGCGAAGAAAUUUUAUUUAUACACGACGCCAUUGGAGAAGUAGCAGUUUGUCAUUUUGGAAAAAAUAAUGCAAAUCAAGUCCUCAAGCGUUUUUCCAUCACUUACAUUGUAAACUAUGUAUCCUUUUCGGUUAAACCCGAGGAAGACCUAAAAUUUGUCAUUGAAAAAAAACAUUACGGUUUGCUUGCAGAUCGAUUAAUGGAGGAUAUCAGAUGUGGAAAACUCUAUGAGAUUUUUAUGAGCAACAUAUUCGACUAUGAUGGAUUUCUUACAACAUUUGUGGCUAAAAUCAAAAGCAUGGAUAUGCCGAGGUUUAUGACGACCUUUAUUGAAAAAAUACCAGAAGAUUCUUCCUUUAAGGAGAAAAUAGACCUUGUGACCUCAUGCAAAGCAGAAGCUCACAAGGCAUCUGAGAUUUUGAAACACUUGCUGAUUCAAGAUACCUAUAUUGAAAAUCAGUCUGAGAAUAGAUCCAUAAAAACUAUCAGCUGGCUUGUAUAUUACGCUCGUCUAGAGAUAUUGCAAGCUGUAAUAGAUCGUGCAAAAGAUGGAGUAUUGAACUUGCUAAUGGGAACUUCUUUAGAAGAGGAUGCACGCCUUUUGGUUCUUGCUUGCUAUAGAGGAAGUAGAGAAGUUCUUAAAUUUUUGCUGCCGUAUUGCCAAGAAAAUAGCAAGAACAUCUGUCCGCUGAAAAGCAACACAUUAGAUACAAAUUUCCAUCGUUUUUAUACACCCCUAACUGCAGCAGCCAGCUUAGGAAAAAAUGAAUUGCUUCAGUGUUUGAUGGAUCUUAGGACAACCACAGGGGCCAACAUAAAUUCUACUGAUGGAUGGGGCGAUACUCCACUGCUGGCUGCGAUCAGGGAAAAUAAUUUGGAAACUGUCAAAUUCUUGGUAGAAAAACUAAAUGCUGACAUCAAUUUCCAAGCAUCUGAUAAAGUAACGGCUUUGUAUAUUGCUUCUGAAAAGGGCCAGGAGGAAAUAGUCGAUUAUCUUUGCUCUAAGAAUGCAGUAAUUACGAAAGCAAAAAGUCCUCGCCAUAUUGCAAAUAGGAAUAAGCAUUACAAGAUUGCAAAAAAGCUUGAGACAUAUGAGAAAAAAAAGAUUAAUUUUAAUGAAAGUGUUUGAAAACCUGAAACUUUUUUAUUGGUCCAGCACCAAGCCUUUCUUUUGCUAUCUAGAAUUAGAAUUUUAUAUUUUCUAUAUUUUGAAAUUUUUAAGGGUUACAUAAGUCGGACAUUAACUUUUCACCUAGCAAUGAAAUCUAAUACAAUUUCCGUCUUUAGAAUAUAGCAAAGAAUCUUCUUAAUGAAAAACUUAUCAAUGGGUCUCUUCCUGUUUCAAAAAUUGCAGAACAGAUUUAUCAUUAAAUCUUAAAUAGCCUAAAAAUAAUAAAAGGAGACCCUGCUGACAUAACCAGCCUCCCUUCCCCUUAACCAUUAAAAAUUGAGAGCAGGGAACAUAGAAUUAACUUGUACAUGUUGUAGGUGACCUGAACAAUACAUGUCUUUACAACAAGUAAAUUUCUGAGUGCACACAAAAUAAAGUAGUAUCUGGCAGCCAUGAUUGAAGAAUAUUCAAACAAAAUCCAUGUCAAUAAUAAAAAGAAUUCUUGCAUUCGUUUUGCGGUCCUACCUUACUUUACGUGAUUUUAUGAAAUCGAUCACUGUUCGUUGUCUUUACCUGUUGUUUUCUUUAGAAUGUUAAACGGUCAUAUUUGUCGAAAUUAUAAACUCUAGAUCUUGACAAGUAUCUAUAGACAUGCAUUUGAUUUCUGGGCAUUUAGACAAAGAAAAAAAAAAUUGUCACUCGUGAAAGUAAAAUCAUAAUGUCUGGGUUAUUAGCUUAUGAAUGAGAAUUUAUAGCAGUCUGUUUGAAACAAAGAUGGAUUCUCUUUAAGAGAUUAUGGAGAGUAGGACGACAUUGUUCUUGUGUGAGAAUUGGAGGGUAGGUCGAGUUAAGCAUCCUCUGUCUUAAAGAAAUAUAUAAUGUAUGCUUAGGUUUACAACAUCUACUUUCCAUAUGUAUUAUCAAUAUAAACAGUGUGGAAAGUUUUGGCAUUCAAAACACCGUAACACUGACCCGAAAGUCAAAAUGUUAAGCUAUGACUUUUCUUUUGACGUCGCAAACGUUGAACAAAUGAAAUGUCAUAAAACGAAAAUCACGCUCACUUUGAAGAGCAUGGCUGUUUCUUAGAUUUAGAUGUAGGAGCAUUGAAACAGGCAUAACACACUACAUGUAGUAUUCAAAGAAACGAUAUUUUCUAUCAAUCUAUCAUGAAAUGUAAAUAUAAGUAUUGAAUUGAAAAUAUUGGGCGUUCAACGUGUGAAAACACGGACGAUUAUGCAGAUAAAUUUUCUAAAUGCUCUAACGUGCAUUGUGAUGAGCACAGCUGUGUGUGUGUAUAGUGACACGAAUGUCAAAAAUUUAGAAUUCAAUUCUUCAGUGAAUAUAGUCAUUUUAGAAACAUAACUUGAAACGAUUAAGCUAGUAAAAGUUUUCUUCUCUUUUAAAGACAAUACUUCCUGCAUCCUUGCAAUGCCAGGAGCCCCGAAUCAACACAUUGCCGUGAGACCCCUGGCCAAUUUCAUUCCAUGAUAAAGGGCUUGCUUCUCACAUUGAAAAGCAGUAAUCAAAUUAAAGCUUUCGUAAAUAUUUAGAUAGUGUAAACAGAAAGGAUUCAGUUGACACCUGAAAUACACGUGUUACAAGUUAUCAUAGAAUGGCUUAAUGUGGUUGGUUGAGAGAUAAGAAAAUCAAGAUUGGUAUUUUUUCUUAGAGACAUCGCUACAGUAAGCCCAUGAACUAUUGAAUGAAAUUGGCCAGGGGUCCCAUGGCAACGUGUUGACUCGGGACCCCUGGCAUUGCGAAGGUGUACUUCCUGCUUACAAUUUUUAAAAUUCCUGUCAUUAUUUUUUGGUUCAAAUUUUUAAAGUAUGGUAUUGGUUGAGACAUCAUUCACUGAAAGAAUAGAAAUCAUAUGAUGUUCAUCACAAUAGACGACAUUAUUUUCAUAUCUGUAUGAUUUUACGUUGUUGGUAACUGUUCUUGUGUAUGGCUGGAUUAAAAGCACAUUUAUUUCAUCUACAUUAACAAAUCGGCAUCUGGAAUACGAAUUUUAAGAUUUGUCGUAUAAAUUUUAAGAAACAAUUUUUUUAAAAAUCUUGAAGAAACAUCAUUAAUAUUUGAUUGACUUGAAUUUAAGUAAUUAUAGUUUAAUUUUAGAGAUAGAUUAUAUAUUACUACUUAAGAUUUAAAUACUAAACAAUUUUAAAAUGUGUUAUUUCAUUUUAAUAUACUUGAAUGUUUUUGUAAUUGUAAUGGUUUU